AUGAAUUUAACAACAACAUCAUGUCCAUACAAUGAAAGUACAUGUAAAUUUAUUGAUAGUGAAGGAAAUUGUUUAUCAGAUAAUAUGGUACUUGAUUUAAUUUUAAAAUAUGUUAGUAUUACAUAUUAUGAAUGGAUUUGUAUUAUACUUUAUGUUAUUGUUUUUAUUGUUGGAACAAUUGGUAAUUUACUUGUAAUUAUUGUCAUUCAACGUAAUCGAAGCAUGAGGACAGUAACAAAUAUGUUUAUUAUGAAUUUAGCUGCAGCUGAUUUAUUAGUACUUGUAUUUUGUUUACCAGCAACGGUUAUUCAAGAUGUAACUAAAACGUGGUUUUUUGGUUUAGUUCUUUGCAAAUUUGUGAAUUAUAUUCAAAAUAUGUCAAUAUCUGUAUCUGUGCUUACAUUAAUGGCUAUUUCCGUUGAACGUUAUCAAGCUAUUGUUUAUCCCCUUAAAUUUUCUGGUACAAAGCAACGUGCAAGAAUUUUAAUUCUUUCUGUAUGGAUACUUUCACUAUUACUUGUUCUCCCAGAUGCUAUUAUGAUGACAUUAAUUCGACAAUAUGGUGAUGAAAUUGAAACAAUUUAUUUAACCUAUUGUCAAUGGAAUGCUCAUCCAUUCUAUGAUCUUCUUUAUCAAUUACAUAUAUCACUUUGUUUAUUUAUUAUUCCACUUUGCUUUAUGGUUUUUACAUAUUGUGGUAUUGUUAAAGUUCUUUGGGGUUCAUUACCAACUGAAAGAAUAUUAAAUGAUGAAAAACGUACAAUUCAUUCAAGUCAAUAUAAACUAACAAGUCAAUCCGAAGAAUCUCACAUUACUGUUCCUAUACACAGCAGUAAUAAUUUAAUCAAUUCAAGCAAAUCAGCUAAUUUAAUGGUACAAGAAAAUCGACAAAAAGCAGCUAAAAUGCUUAUUUCUGUCGUUAUUAUAUUUGCCAUCUGUUAUAUUCCUGUUCAUGUUUUUAAUUUAUUCAGAUAUAUUUAUGUCUAUAUGGAAUAUACACGUCCAAUCGUAGGUGAUAGUAAUAAUUUAAAUGAAACUAUUCAAUGUUUGAAACCAAGACUUGUUUUACUUGAACGUACUGGUCCAAGUAAAAUUAUAACAAUUAGUGCAUUAAUAUCUCAUUUUCUGCCUUAUUUUAAUUCAUCAGUUAAUCCAAUCAUAUAUAAUAUUAUGAGUGAUAAAUUUCGUCUUAAAUUUCGUGAAUUAUUUUCAUCGUGCUGCUGUUGUUUUGAAUCAGUACUAAAAAUGAAAUCAACAUCAUCAACAACAAUACCAUUUAAAGCAUUAUCUACAAUACAACAUGGAAAUCAACAACCAUUAUUAACAUCUGGUCGUAAUAUUGAUCGAUAUAAUAUGAAGAUGAAUUAUAAAAGAAUGACAGCUAACCAAUCAAUUAUUAGUAGUACCGGAAGUGGUCCAAUACCCAGUAAUACUAAUAGUAAUAGUAUGACAAGAAUUACUAAUAUCAAAGAAUACACACACAAUGGACCGAUUACUUUUCGAUUGACUAAUGUUUAA